CUCUCUCUUCUGUUAGAGACAAAUUACAUUCCUCACAGAAAAUGAAUGAAAACCUGGAGGAACAAAGCAUGGCUGAGCACAAGUUCCAUGAUCCAGCGCCAAAGAAGAAGAAGCUCUGGAUUAGAACCAAAGCCAUCAUCAAAUUCAUCAAAGGAAAGAAAGGGGGUUCCAGAGAACGACCAAAGUCAACCCCAGAGAGGCCUCCCUGGCUGCUGGGGUCCUCAGACCAGGCCUUGCGCAGUACUUGUCAGCUUCUUCAAUUGCAGCUGGAGCCCCUGGAGGCCACCCCAUGCUGCUCAAAGAGGACAGAAGAGCAAGAUGCCAGCAGGGGGCGCAAGGGAAAAGGUAGAAGGGCUGACACUGGAUUACCUCCUUACGACUCUCGUGAUUAG